CUAAUUAUAUUUAAACCCACGAAAGCUCAACUGCUUUGCAUUCCUCUCUCUCUCUCUCUCUCUCUGUGUUUCCGAGAGGUUCCAGUUUUGGCGAAAAUGGGGAGUUACCGGAUGUGCGUCUGCUUCACUCGCAAGUUCAGGAUCACCGAGGCAGAGCCUCCCUCUGACGUGACGGAGUACUUCACUAAGUACGCCGAGGGAGGGACCCACAUGACCGCUGAGCAGCUCAGGAACUUCCUGGCGGAUGUCCAGGGCUACGGCGGGGCGUCGACCUCGGACGCCGAGCGGAUCGUGGAGCAGGUGUUGCAGAAGAGGCACCAUCACAUUGCCAAGUUGAUAACAAGGCGCACGCUCACUCUAGAAGACUUCCACCAUUACUUGUUCUCCGCCGAUCUCAACCCUCCAAUCGAAAACCAGGUUCAUCAGGAUAUGAAUGCUCCAUUGUCUCAUUACUACAUAUAUACUGGACAUAAUUCAUACCUGACUGGAAAUCAACUCAGUAGUGACUGUAGUCAUGUGCCAAUCAUAAAGGCGCUGAAGAGAGGUGUGAGAGUGGUGGAGCUUGAUCUUUGGCCAAAUUCCAAAAAGGAUGAUGUUAAUGUUCUUCAUGGAAGGACCUUGACAACCCCUGUGGAGCUUGUUAAAUGCUUGAAAUCAAUUAAGGAGCAUGCUUUUACUGAUUCUCCAUACCCUGUAGUCAUAACUCUUGAAGACCACCUUACCCCUGAUCUCCAAGCUAAAGUAGCAAAGCUGCUCAUGAAGACAUUUAAGGAUAUGUUGUUUAUUCCUGAUUCCGAAUGUUUCAAAAAAUUACCUUCACCGGAAGAACUGAAGUAUCGAAUUAUCAUAUCUACCAAACCUCCUAAGGAGUACCUUGAGGAUAAAUGUGUCACUGUCAAGGCAGAUAACAUACACAAGAGAAAAGAUAGCGAAGAAGAUGCAUGGGGGAAUGAACCUUCAGAGCUUACGGAGGAACACGAAGAUGUUGAUACGAGUGAAAGUGAAGCAAGUGAACAAAAUCUGGAUUACGAGGAUAACAAUAACUCUAAUCGUGGAGCAGAACCCGCAUCAUACAAACGUCUCAUUGCACUCCAUGCUGGGAAACCAAAUGGUGGUUUAAAGGAGGCACUAAAAGUUGAAGUUGAUAGAGUUAGACGCCUUAGUUUGAGUGAACAAGCACUUGAGAAGGCUGCUGAGUCUCAUGGAACUGAUGUUGUUAGAUUCACCCAGAAGAACAUUUUAAGGGUGUAUCCAAAAGGAACUCGGUUCAACUCCUCCAACUACAAGCCGCUUAUUGGCUGGAUGCAUGGUGCUCAAAUGGUUGCAUUUAAUAUGCAGGGAUAUGGUAAAUCUCUUUGGCUGAUGCAUGGGAUGUUUAGAGCAAAUGGGGGCUGUGGUUAUGUGAAAAAGCCUGAUUUUGUUAUGAACGAUAAGCAGAUUUUCGAUCCUAAAGCAAAAUUGCCAGUAAAGAAGACUUUAAAGGUGAAAGUAUAUAUGGGAGAUGGUUGGCAUCUGGAUUUCAAACAAACACACUUUGAUUUAUAUUCACCACCAGAUUUUUACACCAGGGUCGGCAUAGCAGGAGUUCCAGCUGAUGAGGUAAUGAAUAAAACUAAGAAAAAAGAGGACGAUUGGACUCCUGUAUGGGAAGAAGAGUUUACAUUUCCAUUGAGAGCCCCAGAGUUGGCUCUGCUUAGAAUUGAGGUACAUGAAUAUGACAUGUCUGAGAAAGAUGACUUUGGCGGCCAGACUUGUCUGCCAGUCUCUGAAUUGAGACAAGGAAUUCGUGCAGUCCCUCUCUUUGACCGUAAAGGAGUGAAAUACAACUCAGUGAGGCUUCUAAUGCGAUUUGAGUUCACCUGAGGGUUUGGUUCUGCUCAUGGAAUUUUGAUGAAAUUUAAGUUAUAUUCAUUUCCCCUCUA